AGCUCUCAAAAACGUGCUUAUUAAAAUCGUUCUCUCUCGAGAACACAGCUGUGUGCGGGUUGCUCUCCGGCAACAAAAAUAAAAAAGAGAUAUCACAUAUGCAGCGCUCUUGCUGUUGCCCGUUAAUAGAACAACUGUUUUAGACAACCAGCAGCAGAAGUAAACCUGAAAUUCAACUCAUUACAGUUUAAGAAACGCGCGCGUUGUGUAAAGACGACGUUGCUGUAGUAGUUCCGUCAUUGUUUAAAAAAAAAUUUUCAGUUUUUUAUUUCGCAUAUAUAUAUAAAAAAAAAAAUAACGAAAAAAUACAUGAAUACAAGAAAUAAAAUACAUACAAAAAAUUAAAUACAACUGGAAAUAAAACAAAAAAAAAAAAUUAAAGAUUUUUUUUUCCCAAAUAGAAGCAAGCAAACAGAAAAAAAUUACGCAAAUAUUUAUUAAUAAUGUUAAAACGAAAAAGCAAUUUUUUAUAUAAAAAUAAAAAAAUUUCAAAAUUAUUAAAGCUUUACUUUGAGUUACAAGCAAAAAGUUGUAUAUGAAAUUUAAAAGAAGAAAACAAAACAAGAAUUUAUUUAAGUUUUUUUUGUUAAAAGUUUAAUAAUAAAACUGUGAUCUCAUAAAAGGAAGAAAAGAAUUGCAAAAAAAAAAAAGGUUAAAAGUGAUUUUUGGGGAACUUUUUCUUAUACAAGAAACUAAAUUAUGACGGAUGCUUUAAAAUUGGCUGAAAUGCAACGCACAAAUAUUGAAUUUGAACGUCAAAGACAUUUGGCAAAUUGGUUAAUCAAAAGUAGUCCUCAUAUGGCAACGCCAACAGCAACAACAACAACUACAGCAAUACAACAACAACAACAACAGCAACAACAUCAAGCCUCUAAUACAUCAAGUAAUAACUGUGGAACAGCAACAACAGCUUUAACUGCAGCUACAGCAGCAAUCAGCAACAAUACAACAACGUCAACCGCAGCAGCAGCAACAAAUCCAUCAUCAUCAUCAUCAUUAAUACCAGCAACAUCAUUAUUAUCAUCUAGCAAUAAUGGAGCUACAACUACAACAAAUAGUGCUAAUUCACCAGCCAACAAUCUAAAUGGUUCGGCCGCCGGUCACACUCCAGCGAAUGCCACGAAUCAUCACCAUCACAAUAAUCACCAUCACUACAAUGCCAAACAACAUGGCAACAGCUCGGGUUGUGUAAGUGCUACUAACAAUACCUCAACAAAUACAAAUCCUGUUUUCUAUUUAAUGGCCAGCAAUGGUAACACUGGUGCUGUAGGCGGCGGCUGUAGUGCCAAUGCCAUAAGUUCAUCGAACGUCACCACCAGCAGUAAACACACAGGACCCUUUUUAGGGCCACACGCAGGCGCCGCUGUCCAUCAUCCACACUCUCAGCGGGGACUGCAUCAUUUGGCCGAGGGUCGUAAGGCGAAAUUGCGCAGAUUUAAUUCACACGAUACCAGUUCGAAUAUGUUUUCGGUGGCGGAUUUUGAAAAUGCCCGCUUGGCAAGACGUAAUGAAAUCGAAUUGAAACAGAGACUGCAACGACGUAUGCGUCAUGGUUAUAGUGGUGGGACAGGUAGUGGAGGUCUUUUAACAGGAGGACCUUGUGGUCAGGGUUUGCUGACAGGCGGUAUGGGUGAUUAUUCUACGGGUGAUAGUAAAACUUCGAAAAAUAGUAACGAGUCUCAAAAUGAACCCUUGCAGGUGGAAGAGUUUUUGGAACGCUAUUCCCUUCCACGUGUGGUGCGCAUUUCCUAUAAAACACUUUUCUCCAAUGAAACCCUACAAUCUUCUUCAUCCAAUAAUUCAUCCACCGCCACCUCAAACUCAUCAACGAGUGCUAAAAAUACGGCUCCAGCUACCUCUUCAUCCAACGAUGCAAAUAUGUUGAGUUCUAAUUCGAAUAGCAAUACGGGAACCUCUUCUUCAAGUACCUCUUCGGGUAUGGGUGUUGGAGUAAAUGCUAAUCCCUCAUCCCAGACUUUGGGUAGCAAUAGUAGCAAUAAUAGUGGAGGUAAAACUUUACCUAUGGAGGGUAAUCAGACAAAUGAUAAUGCCAAUCAUAAUGGCCAACAUGAGGAGGAACAGGGUGAACUAUUUUUACUAUAUCGACUGGUGCGUCAACGUCAUAUUUAUCAUGGUCAUAAUAGUAAGACUACAGCGGCUAAUCGAAAAAAGGGUGUAAUGAUACCACAGGAAUUUCCAGGUGAGUUUUUAAGCAAUUUUGGAGAGCAGAGUCUUCACUAAAUAUAUUUGUUUAAGUAUAUUAAAGCAUAUUUCAAGGAAUAAUGCAAUUUUUUCAAAUUCCCAAAAAAAUUUGAAAAUUUUUCAAAAAUCCAGAAUUGAUUAAAAAAGGAAAAUUUUUUAAUUUCCAACACAAUUGAGUAUAAUCCUUUUCAUUUUGAUGAUUUUUGUUAUAAUUGUAUGCAAAAUAUUAACAAUUUCUGAAAUCCCGGAAAUUUGUUGUGCAAAAUCACUACAAAAUGGAUGAUUUUAAAAACUGGGGAAAUGGUAAUUUUCACUGAAUGUGUAUUUUUAGAUAAAUAUUACCCUAUUUCAACAUAUAAUGCAAUUUUUUUCAAAUUCCCAAUUAUUUUUACAAAUUUCCAAAAUCCCACAAAUGGUUAAGAAAAAAGGGUAAUUUGUUAAUUUUCAACGCAAUUGAGCAUAAUUCUCGUCAUUUUGAUGAUUUUUAUGCUAAUUAUAGUAAAAUAUCCACAAGUUUUUCAAAUCCCCGAAAUUUUAUGUGCAAAAUCACUAAAAAAUGGAUCAUUUUAUAAACUGGGGAAGUGGUAAUUUUCAC